GAGAAGGUCCCAACUGUCCGAGAACAGAUGACCUGUUCUUCCUCUUUGGGAUAAGCCCCUUCCUUCUCCACACUCCACUCUCAUCUUCUCCCUUCACCCCAAUGGCCGCUUCUGCAACUUCUCUCUCUAUCCACGCCCCUCGUUUCUCUCUCCUCUGCCCGCCGCCGCCUCCGCCGCUGCCUUUUCUCUCCGCCGCCUUCAAACCCUUGCAGCCCUCUCUCUCCCUCCUCUCCAAACCCCCUAAACCCGGCCUGCUCCGCGCCACGCCCUCAGACAUCGAGACCACCUUCUUCGACACCGUGAACCCCGAAGAUGACAUCGCCUUCGACCCGCCCGAAGCCCCGGAAGGCUUCGUCCCGCCGCCGUCCUUCGACGAGGACCCGCCGGAGACCGAGGACGAGAUCGCCGCCGCGUACGAGGAGCUCUACGGCCCGGCGUACAGUGGGAUGACGAUGCUGGGAAAGGACGUGUUCGUGAUGGAUUCAAAGGUGAAGAAGACGACGGGGUUCGGGUCGAAGGCGAAGAAGGAGAAGGUGAGGGAUGGGUUCGAGGAGAGGGUGGUUCAGGUGAGGAGAGUGACAAAGGUGGUGAAAGGCGGGAAGCAGUUGCAUUUCCGGGCGGUGGUGGUGGUCGGCGACAAGCAGGGGCGGGUGGGGGUUGGGGUUGGGAAGGCGAAGGAGGUGAUCGCCGCCGUGCAGAAGUCGGCCGCCAAUGCCCGCCGGAAUAUCAUCACCGUGCCCAUGACCAAGUACUUGACGUUUCCUCACAGAUCGGAGGGUGAUUAUGGUGCGGCAAAGGUGAUGCUUAGACCCGCUUCCCCUGGUACCGGGGUGAUUGCCGGAGGUGCCGUAAGGAUCGUGCUGGAAAUGGCAGGCGUUGAGAACGGGUUGGGGAAACAACUUGGCAGUAACAAUGCCCUGAACAAUGCAAGAGCCACCGUCGUUGCAGUGCAGAAGAUGCGACAAUUCAGUGAGGUUGCUGCUGAGCGUGGGAUCCCAAUGGAAGAACUCUGGAAGUGAAGGAACUUGCAGAACUUGCUGAAUUGUGCUGGAAUGGAGUUUUCUGGGUGGUGAUGGUGCUUUAUGUCAUUACUGAACAUUCAGAAGAACGCAAGAAGCUAUUAAAAAUGGCUGCUUUCUGGGUGAUCAAACUGCACGCUAGUUUUGAUCACAAUUUGGAAUGAUUUGACUUUAUUCUGCUCUCAGACUACGUUUUGGAGGAAAUUAGAAAGGGAAGUGUGUUCCAGUGAUAAACAUAGUGUAGUUCCAGAGAAAAGACUACAUGUGCUCAGACUUCACAUCUUAAAUUUAAGUAAUGUGUCGCAUUCGUCAAUUGUUUGAAUUAACAUGGAUUAUGUAAUUAAUAGAAUUUGGGAGAAUUCAUUUGUUA